CCCCGACGGCCCAUGUCCGUACUCCCAUGGACCGUCCCGCUUUCGGGCCGGAGCACCUGCCCUGCUGCCUGCCGCCCGCUGGAAAAGACGACCCUGGGCCUCGCGUCCUAAACAGCUAGAUGUGAUGGCGGCGAUGCCGUGCCGGUGAGGCGGUCAACAUCAGCCACGGCCACCCAUACCGGCGGUGGCUUUCGCUCAGGGCGCAGUCCGGGCCGAUGCCACAAUGUUGUAAAAAGAAGUUGGCUAGUCUUCCACCCCGGGUUGCGCCUCAACUGGAGCUCACCUUACCCGAGAGCCGGGAGCUGGGAGUCGGGACCCUCACCCCGAGGCACUGGCACCUUCGCCAGGGGUCAAUAAUAGUAUCAUCUCUCGUUUCACCUUCCCCCGUUGUUUUCGACAUCGAGUAUCAUCGAGUCGCAACAAAUAACGGCAAGUCGUCGUUGUCAAGCUGUGAUCCUUCGAGUGACGUCGGUUUGCUUUACAUUUGCAUUAUGUCUGCUCUGGACAAGGCCCAUGCGACAGCGACUCGGCAUUCAGGUGCAUCCUGUGUCUUUGGUCGGAGGAAGAACCCCCUUUUCAAGGAACAGACCAUCAGACGAAACAAAAGACGACCGCGCCCCCCUCGCCAUUCUAUUUUCUACUAAUCAACCAAUGCACGGGAGAAGAGCAGUUCACAUAUGACAAGCUUACCCCCUCUCUCCAUCUCCUCUCCAACGCCUUCGAAUUAGGAUACGCGGAUCCCCCCGCUGACCCUGAACCGGCAGGGAACCUAGCUGACCUGAUCUUGACCACGGGACGCAUCUACACUUCGAUAAUCAUUCAUCAGCGCCUUCGUCGCCAGCAGCGACGCUUCUGCCGGCAGUCCGGUUUCGCAUCGUAUCGCCCCCCUCAGUAUUGUACGGAGUCGACGGACAACCCUCGACCAACCCGUCCCAGCGACGUCGUAUAACCACAUCCUCCACCCCUCUCGGCUCUCAAAAGCACAGAACCCGUCGAGAUGCCCGCCCAGCACAACCUCACGAUCCGCAUCCCGCUGCCCAGCAUGCUCCCGGCGGAGGCCGUCGUCGAGAUGCUGCAGUCCCAGUCUCCCGUAAUCCGCCACCAGCCGCUGGUGACGCGCUACGAAAAAGUGCCCGUCCCGCUCAAGAGCGUCGUUGAAGACGACUGGUUCCUCGAGACGGGCCUCAAGAUCGCCUCAUACAAGAUCUACGAAAAGGUCACUGUCGCCCCCGGCGUCAAGACGGAGAUCAGCUUCCCCGCCGUGCUGCAGAACAUACCCAACGGCCUGCGGUCCCGCGCCAAGGCCCCCGCCGGCGUUCGCGUGUGGUCCGAGUGGCUCGUCGUGCCGCGGCCCCAGGAGCGCUGGCCCGGCGAGCACAGCGCCGGCAAGCUCGGCGGCCACGUUGACGGGGACUACGACCUCGUCGAGACCACGCGCGUCGAGACGAGCCGGAUGCUGAUGCCCCUCGUCAAAGGGCAGAUGGAGAGCGCGCAUCGCGACAUGGUGAACAAGAUGCUCGACGAGGUCGCGCAGAGGGUCGGCCGGGCCAAGAUGUAGGC